CUUGUAAGAAGGUGUUGAGAGGAGGUUUGCAGCUGACCGGAAAAAGACCUUUCCUACUCCGGCCUCUUCAAUAGUACCUAUGUGCAGAAAUCAGCUAGUUAUGUUUUUCACAGCAUGGAGAUCUGUUAAUAUCUGCAGAUCAUUCUGCUGUCAAUGGACCUUGAUGCUGUGAAAAACUUCAUUGGGUAACUUUGGUACUUAAAGCUGCUGUUUAGAUGUACAGGAGCAUGGGCUACUUAAAGACUUAUCUUCUGUAAUGGGAGGGAUUAGGGCACUGCAUGGAGACCUCCAGAUCAGAUGUUAUCGGUGAGACUGAGAGGCAGCAGCUUCUUUAAGGCUAUCCGCAAGGGAGCGCCAUGACUUGAUUGGAAAAAACGAGCUGGUUCCUGCAUCUUGGAAGGAGGACUGGGAGAGUGGGGAGAUCCGCUUCCAUAAGAGUGGCUUUGUUAGGUGCUCUGACACGAUGGUGCCCGGCCCACCUACAGAAGAGGGCAGUGUGACAGUAGUGGUGCGGCUGCGGCCACAGACCCCGCGUGAGCAGGAAGGGAACCGCCAAAGCGUGGUGCAGGUGGUUGGCAACUGUAUGCUGGUGUUUGAUCCUGAGGAGCCCAGCCUGCCAGGGGUCCUUGGGGGUGUUCAAUCCAAUGACCUUACCUCAAGAAGGAAGGGCAAGAACCUGCCAUUUGCUUUUGACCGGGUGUUCAGGGAGAAUGCUACUCAAGCAGAGGUUUUUGAGAAUACAACCAAAGAGAUUCUGGAUGGCGUGCUGAAUGGCUACAACUGUUCUGUGUUUGCCUAUGGGGCAACAGGUGCUGGGAAAACAUACACCAUGCUGGGAUCGGAGAAGGAACCGGGCAUCAUGUACUUCACCAUGGAAGAGCUUUACAGACAAAUAGAGGCCAGGAGGGAGGAGAAGCACUGUGAGGUGCUCAUCUCGUAUCAGGAGGUAUACAACGAGCAGAUCCAUGACCUGUUGGAACCAAAGGGUCCCCUGGCCAUCCGGGAGGACCCAGAGAAAGGGGUCGUGGUGCAAGGUCUUUCCUAUCACCAGCCAACGUCCGCAGGGCAACUCCUGGAGAUGCUGAGACGAGGAAAUCUGAACCGUACGCAGCAUCCCACAGACAUCAAUGCUACCUCUUCCCGCUCCCAUGCUGUCUUCCAGAUUCAUGUGAUGCAGCAGGAUCGCAUGGUUGGUGUCACUCGGGACCUGCGGGUGGCCAAGAUGAGUCUGAUCGAUUUGGCGGGUUCGGAACGAGCCUCUGCCACGAAGGCCAAAGGGGAGCGGCUCCGUGAGGGUGCCAACAUCAACCGCUCUUUGCUGGCCCUCAUCAAUGUCAUUAAUGGCCUGGCUGAUGCCAAGAUCAAAAAGCCUCAUAUUCCAUACCGGGACAGCAAGCUUACACGCCUUCUAAAGGAUUCUAUUGGUGGAAACUGCCGGACCAUCAUGAUUGCCGCCAUCAGUCCCUCUGUGCUUUCCUAUGAGGACACAUACAACACCCUCAAAUAUGCCAGCCGGGCUAAAGAGAUCAAACUCUUACUGAAAAGUAACGUUGUAAGCUUGGACUGCCAUAUCAACCAAUAUGCAGCAGUUUGCGAGCAGCUGAAAGCAGAGGUGGCCGACUUACGAGGCAGGCUCCGAGUUUAUGAGGAAAAUGUCCCAGAGGUUAGCUCCCGCCUCAUACCGGCUGUUCUGGCUCCUUCUGGUCCUGGCCAGGACGAACUGCUCAGGUCAAAGGAGGCUGGUUUGGACUGUGAAGCCCUGAAUAAGGGUAAUGGUGAGACAGAGCUGUUGAAACUAAACAAUGAUGCCUCUUGUUCAGGAAAAAGCAGCACAGAGCAGGAACUGAGGGGAAACUUUGGAUGCUCUAGCGCAGAGUCCUCAAUUCCAGCUAAACAACACGAGAAGCUGAAUGCUCGGUUGCAGGGAAUGGAUAAAAAGCAGCUGGUGAGGCUGAUCAUGGCAAUCUUACAUGUGGCCCGAAGGCAGUACGCCCUGCUGAAAUCUGCCAGCCUCCUCACCCCUGACACGAGAGUCGAGUUUGAAGAGCUGGACGGCUUAGUGCAGGGAGAGCCCUGGGGCCCCCCAGAGAGUUCUACUGGAAAGGAGCAAACCAGGGAAUUGGAUGCUGCGACUCAAGGCAGCCUAGAUGUAGAAGAGCAACAGCUCACGGAUAACGCUUUCCCCCCAGCUUCCCUCCCUGCAACUGAGUGUGCCGAUCCAGCGGGCAGCCCUAGAGUGCCCCCAGCUACGCCAGAGAGGGAGCCAAUUCCAAGCACGGUCUUCAAGACCCCCCACCUCCCAACAAAGAAGCGGAGGAAGUUGUCAGGGAGCGCAUCUCUGUCUGAAAAGAAUGCCCCAUCAAGCCAAAAGGGAAGGGCCAAGCGCCGGCGGAAGGCUUGCCUCUCUCCACAGCAAGUGGGACCCCUGGAGGAAUGGGCAGCUUUUCCACGAGCGGACUGCACCAGCACUCCUGUUGCAGAUAAAGCCAAAUCUCCCAGCCCCUCUCAUCGCCAUACUCUGCAGUACUGCCCUCUAACAGUUACAAAGAGCCGGGUGCCCCUGGCCACCUCAGCAGCCAAGAAUGGCUCUACUCCAGCUCCUCCAAGAGGCCUGAACACCACCUUUGACCUCUGCGAGGAUCCCUGUCCUCCUAACUUGAAACUCAGCGCUCCUGAAUUUCCGGCAUGGGAGAGUGUCCAGCACCUCUCUAACCACCAAGGGGCACCUUUCAUACCAAGGGCCUCUAUGGCAGUCUUUACUAUGAAGGGCUCCUCCAUCCCGCGGUCAUCAUCCUCAGCCUCCAGAGCCUCAGCACCAAAGAGAAGGCGCGCUACAAACCCUGCCUCCCACUCUCUGGGUGCACCACGCAGUCGCAUUGCCAGGCUACAGGGCACUUCUGUCAAGCGUUCACAGAUCACGAACGCACCAGGACAACCCUCUAGCAGUCUGGCAUGGAAGUGGCGCUAGAGAGAUUCUGUAGCUGCUGGAGGACUGGUGCCAUCUUCAGCUGUCUCUUAUUCCAUAAAGCUGAUUGAAAUAUACCUGACUAAAAAUCCUCACUGCCAGCUCUUUGGGCCCUCAAGCCUCCUCUCUCUCUGUAUAUAAGGAUUUUUUUCCAUGUUAAACUUAUGCUAAUUUAGAGUAAUCAAAGUAUGUUACUGUAAAAAUGAAAUAUCAAUUACUUUAUUAAUAUCAGAUAUUACUUAUGUCA